AUGGAGUACUACUUCCAAACCAACUGUGCGGGUACUUGUCGGAUCCUCCAAUAUCUGAAUCUUCCUUACCAUAAAUAAGACAAUUGUUGUUUAAUUGAUGAUCAUUUUCCAAUUCUGCAGCAAAAUCUUCGGAAUGGACCGAUGAGUUACAUGAAUUACAGUUAAUGUUUGGAGUGAAAGAAUUCAUGGUAUGCUCUCAUUUUGUUAUUACAACCUUUUGGGUUUAUGUUUAUCAAGUUUGUUUAUAAAAGUGAUGCAUUUGCUUAUACAUGUUUAUUUAUAGAAAUUUUUUCUUAUUGCAACAACUCGAAAGUUCUUUCUUCUUUUCCAUACUCCCACAUCUAAUGGUGUAGAUUUUGUGAGAAGGGUUAUAACCAACCAAAAUCAGGUAGGAUGCGUCUUUUUAUAAGAAAAUAUGAACAUGUUGGUCUCCUUGAACUACCCUAUUUGGUAUUUGAAUUAAAAUAUAUGGAAAACAUACACAUCUAUAUCCAUGGAUUAAAAGCCUUAUUGUUGGGUGACGGCGGCUUGGUUUUCAAUCUUCUCUAGUUGGUGUUACUGCAGACCAUUGUCGAGUGGAACUUUCUGAUUUAGGGCAGACAUUCUAUCUUCAGUGAUAAUGAAACGCUUUUUCUUUGGAGAGGUAAAAAUUCACAUCUUUACGUGGCACAAAGGAAACCAUCUGUUCUUCAGAUGACAAAGAAAGCAUGAACGUGGUCGAUUUUAGGAAGAGCCUUGGUUCUGCAAUGUAACUGGUACUUAAUGUGCGUAGACAGCUCAGGCUAGCUCCAAAACCAUGUGCACGGAAGGGAUAUACAUCUGAAAAUCACAGAGGAGGGAUCCACCACUUGUCAACAAUGCUUCAACAGAUUAAAAUCCAGAUUGAUUUACUGCAAGAAUGUUUUCACGUCUACCUGUGUGAGCUGGGUAGUUCAUUUGUAGCAUGCUCUUUAGAUAUGAACCAUUUCUGGCAUGUUGAGGACUUGGUCUUGUCGCUUCAGGUUGACUUGAGUCGGUAAAUACGGUCUUAUUUGGCUCUUCUGCUCAACUCUUGUGUCUCAGAAGCGUAAAGACCUAGUUGACUUGUGUGUGUUGACAUGAAUUCGUUGAAAAAUAAUGUUAACAUGUUCCUGCACAAUACCAAUUGAGAAGGAUACGGAUUUUGAAAUUUCUGAUAUCUGAUGUCAUGUUUUUUCAUUAUACCUCUUUCCAUCAACAGUGUGUUUCCGUUUCCAUUAUUUAAGUCUCCUUUUGCAUGGUCUCUGGUGACUGUAGUUUCAUUGGUUCACAUAACGGAUUGUCAGACUGGACAUUUUUUUUGUGGAAUUCCAGGUGAUUGCACCUGCUACUGCCAGUGGAGUUGUCCUUGACGUACCUGAGGCUAGCAAGCUUCUUAGUUCUGUUGCAAUUGCUUUGUCAAAUUGUGGAAGGUGAAUUUUUUGAUUGUGCUUCUGUUGAUGCUAAGUUCUUUCUUAUUGUGUCGUGAUCAAUUCUCUGAAUUCACUUCUUGGAUAUAAGUGUUCACAAUAAUGUGAUUUGUUCAAGGGAAAGGACAUUAAUGGAUGCUCCAUGAUCUUAUCGAGAAACCAUCUGUUAUGAUGGCUGAUGAAAUUGCUGCACGAUAGGAUUAGUCUGAGUUCUUUGCGCAGAUAUUGUAUUUGUCGUGAAUAUCUAGAGGGGAAAAUAGUGUCAGAAUGAGAAGAAGAAUGAUUCCACUGUGGAAAAGAACGUAUAAUUAGGAGUUCGUUUCUUAAUUGUUGCUUCGGUUCCUAUUUUGCCGGUUUCCUAGUUGUCUAGUUGUUUGCUUGUUUGUGGCCCUGGUACUUAUAUAUAACAUUCAUCUGCGAUGUGAAAACGAGAAGAGUUUUUUCCCUGCAUAUUCUCCUGGGUUUGGGUCACUGUUCAUACGACACAGUGAAAUAUUGCAAUGAAUACCGUAUUAGAUUGAUGAUAGAUGCUUCCUAAAGCUGUCAAUGGAAGAUGUGUAGACGAAGAACAGAAAAAAAAAUAAAUGCCCAUCCCCUUUCUCAAGUUCGGAACUUGUGUCGAGUGCCUGAUAACAAAGCCAGAGAAAUUUGGUAUGAAAUGAUCGUCCUUGCAUUAUGAUUUCAGUUUGUGUUGGGACAACUUUUCAAGAGGAUGUUCAAAGACAAAGAAAUCAGAAUAUGAAUUUGAGAACAAAACGAGUGUUCAUGGACAUUUGAAUAAUUAGAGUAAGGUGAAAUAUUGGGACUCGGGCAGAAGUUGAUUGCGAUCAGAUCAACGUCGCAGUUUUCAGGCAGCAAGGGUUCUGGCAAAUGGUCCUCCGACUGAUUUUUGUUUUGGCGUCAAGUUAUUCGCGGUUUCUGAGCAGGGUUUUGGUGUCGAGUUACAUUUGUUGGAGAGUUGUCAGGCAACAGUCUGUGGUAUUCUGUAGGAAGUAGGAUAUAAAAUGUUGGGAGUCUGGUGAUUUUGGAGUUGUCAUAACGAAUACCAUCAGAUGGAAGCCAGGAGAAUGAUGUUGACAGCGAGAAAACAAGGGAAGGGAAUUUAUUGUUUUUUCAGAAAGCUGGAGGUAAAAAUUUGGAGGGCAUUGUCCUGGUUUGAAAGAUGCUAGUGUAUGCCCAUGCGGAUAUUGUUUUGGGGAAGCGAAAUGGACAUUUACAUUAUUAUUUUAGCUUGAAAUGAUAACUAUGGUGAAACAGGAACAUAGUGUAAGAGAAUCACGCACGAAACUACUGGUGGAAACAUCACAGGGCCUUUCAUGCACAUGUUUGCCAUAAUAAAUGAAAGAAGAUAUUUUAUGAAUCAUAAUGAUCAAGGGUUGAUCUUAAAUCAUUGUUUUGGAUUAUUGGUCAGCAACAUGAUUCAUUUGAUGUUUUUAUUUACUUUUUAACAGUGGACUGAUUUCCUUUCUGCUGGUAAAAAUGGUUUAGGGAUUAACUCUCAUACACAUCCAAAAGUCACUGACGACCAUGCUAGUGUCCUGUCUCAUUUAGACUUCCGUUUUUAAUUUUCAUCUCCGAACUAUGAAAUGAAUGACUGCUGGUGCCGAAUUCGGACUUACGGUUUGUCAUCAUCUGACUGCUGAUGCCGAAUUCGAACUAUGCAGCAACUGUGUGUAAGAUAAUUAGGUGAAGAAAAAGGCUUGUCAAUCAUUUUUUCAAAUCUUCUGAGUUGGUUUGUACAUUAAGAUUUUGCACGAUUUUUUGUUUCAUAUUUGCGUUAUGCUUUGAUAUUUUUUUCUUUUAUGUUGAAAGAUGUUUUAAUCUUGGAUACACUUAAUUUCAAAUGGUCUUCUAUGCUUCAAUUACAGUAUAUGGCCUGCAUUUGUUCCUGUGCAUGAUCCUACUCGAGAAGCGUUCUUUGGCAUCCAAAACAUGGGGACAAUUUUUACUAGGAGGUUUGAUGCAGAUCGCAUUCGAAGUCAGGUGCCCAUAAAACUCAUGCAUUUGGAAGGACUGCACCAGCUAUUUUUAUCUAAAUUUGUAAGUUUUCGGUCCCUUUUUGUGCAAAAAAAUUAGAGUUUUUUAUUGUUAAGAUGAUUUUCUACUGUCUCGUUUUUCAGUCAUAUUUCUAUUGUCUUUUGGUCCUCAAUGCGUUGUGUGCAUUUUAUUUGUGGCUUUUCUAUUGGAGUUGAUCUCUUUUUUGGUGAGGGAACGCAAGUUAACACAUACUAACUGGAGGAGGUAGAGAAAAAUGCAUGUAAGCAUAAUCCUCACAAGGUAGAUGCUUACCAUGAAGAAAUGUAAUUUAGUAAUCAACAAUUUCAGGAAUCCUAAAUGAAUAAACUUAUUUAUCCUAAAUGUAAUUUAUGGAGUAACUCUUGAGUUUUAUGUUGUCUUUAUGAUGUGCGACCUAUUAUUUGUGUUCCAUUGCUUAAAAGAUCUGUUUAGUCGUGUUGAAACUUCAAAGUGGCUGAUCCAGAUCUGUUUAGCAGGCUACCUGACAUUGGACAGUUGUUUCAUUUUCCUCCCUGUAAUGUCAUGGCAGUGUUCUUAUGCUAGUUGAUCCGCCAACAUCCACCAUGUGCUUGGACUAUGUAGGAGAGGCCAUUCCAACUCUAAAAAAAAAAAAGGGUACCUUCAGAAUGCUAAUUUGACCAUUCAAGUUCACAAAACAAGAAAAAAGACAAAUAAGAAAAGAAGGAAAUAAAAGAGUAGGUGUGUUGAAACAUAUUGUUUGGUGAUGUAGUUCGGUGGUUAUGUUUGUGGUUGACAAUUCUUGGUGAUAAAUAGAGAAAGUAUAAAGGAAAUGUGUAGCAACACCCAGGGAUACUGUAGAAAGGGAUUCGCUCAGAUAGACAGAGAAAAGGGAAGGAGACAAAAGAGAGUGGGUCAAAACCCUAGUGUUUGAGGAGUUACAGAGCUCUUCACUCUCCUGUUGGCUAACCCUAAUCUGUCAGGGCCCCCCUUUCUCUUUCCGACAGACCCCGUCCUAUAUAUAAGAUACUUCCUAAGCCUCUCUAAUGGUUCACCAUUGGGCCGGCCCACUAUGGGUCCAGGCCCUGGACCCUCUUUCUCUUGCGGGAAUAAGUUAGGCCCAAGGGCCAGACAAAAUGGAGAAGAGAAAAAUGAUAGGACGUUGCUGAACUGUACCAUGCAGGAGUGAGUCCAUGAUAAUUUAUAAGACUAAAUUUUCCUUGAAUAAGAUCUAAUUAGUCUACUUGGUUUUUGACUUGAGUGCCAUUGACUCUUGUAAAGGUUGCACCAUUCCAUUUACACAAUGCUACAUUUUUCAAAUUCGGACAUGUCUGGGUCAUCUGAUUCUAAUCCGGGCAAGCUAAUCCGGAUGGAGAUCAACAUUAUCCCAUCCUCUCUGGGGGGAGGAUUCUGAUCACGCCUUGAGUAGUUUAAAGGAGGCCCACUUUGAGUUGACUCAGCCAAUUAAAGGACUGUGCUGACCUAGGAUUUGCGAGAAUUCUGGAUAGAUCUUCUGGUUUUCCACAAACCUAAUUGGAUCUUACUUGGUUCAAGCCUUUUUCAAUAGAAAUGCUGCUGUCAGCUGCCAGUCAUAAGCAAAGUGGUUUGGGAAGGGAAUGAGAAGAAAAGAAAUUCACUUGGAGCCACCAACAGUUGCCAUCAUCCAUCAAUUUUGCCCACACAUAUAUGUUUAACAUUCUGUCAAACUACAUGGAGGAACCGUGUCUGUGUAUACAUGCCUUGUUCCAUCGCUCACUCUCUCUCUCUUUCUCUUGGUAUCAUUUCGUCUGUGUUUGUGUAAAGAAAUAUGUACUCCGGAAGAUGUGUGCUUCACACUGUUCUGGCUUUAUGGUCUUGCUGGUCUGUCUUUUCCUGUAGUUUGUAUUGUAUGGUCCAGUGUUUUGUUUGGUUGAUCCAAGGUACUGGUAUUUUUGACUUGAUAGGUGAAAACAAGAUUUGAUGUUAAUGGUAUUCUUAUCUCUUUUGGAGUGAGAUAAGCAUGCGUAUGGUAUCACAAGCAACUUUUUCAUCUAACAGGGUCUUUCAGUGUGUGUGAUAGACUCCAAUGGAUCUCAUGUGGUGCGAUCUGAUUUACAGGGUUGUUUAAGAGUUUCUGCAGACACGUUUACAUUCUUCCAUUUUUUUGGUUCUUUAGAUUAUACGUUAUUAUUGCUGAUUAAAGAAACGCCUACUUUGAAAAUGUAUAUUUUUAGUGAAUAACCUGUACAUAAUUCCUUCAUUUUUGCUUCUUUGAAACUUUUUUAUUCUAACUUCCUUGUUUUUGAAUAUUAUUAAUGUUUCAUAUUCUGUGCAUCUUGAUAUAUUGUAUUGUAGGGCUUAUACGCGACGGAUUUCUCAACAAAUUUUUUAAAGGUCAAGUUUUUGAUGAGGCUAACUUACAUAACUCCUCCAUUUGAUGGUGAAGAUGAUGCCCAAGUCAGGGAACAUGAAGUUUCACAAUCCCCUGGAAAGAAGGAUAUUCAGACCUACAUCAAAACAAUAUGGGAUGAUGAUUAUCCCUGGUCAAAUUGGUAUUCUGCUGAAGAUCCUCUAAAGGGUAAUAUUCUAUUCCAUUAUGAAGUCUACUUAGCUCUUUCAAACAUUUUUUUUAAUCUCUUGUUAAUGUGUAAUAUGCUCCUUAUAUGUUCAUCUACUGUGCAGAAUCAGAUGUAUGCAUCUCGUUUCAUUGUAGGACACUUGUAUGGGCUUAGGUUAGAAAGGCGUUUGGAAAAUGCAACAUUACAAAAAAUCUUCUUAUAUUUGUUUCCUUUUAAUUAUUGUUGAACUCUCUAGGAUUGUUUUUCCUUUCUAUCUGUUUCUUUUCACUAUAUGUUCGUCCUUCUUUGUCAUUACCUAUGUUAAGUGGAUCCAUUAGACUGUUAACGGAUCCACUUAAAGACUAAUGUAAUGGGCCUGGCCCAUUAACUCAUGUAACCUGUACUUAAGCGGGAAACCAAGACAAUUGAUGUAAGAUUUUGGGAUUGCGGAAAUUCUACUCCAAGAAGUGGUGACUGAUUCAUCUUCUUGGAAGAGGAGGAUCUUGAAGAUCAAAUCUUUUUAUUCUCCAAGUUGCAAGAGUUUCAAUCAAGAUCAAUUCUCAACAUGGUAUCAGAGCGGUGCUGAUUCUGGGAGGAUCAGAUACUUCUUGUUUCUUGAAUCUUGUUUUUCUUAUUUCUGUGUUGGAGCAACACCAAGGAAGAAAAAGACCUUCCACAAGUAGUGAACUGAGGCAUUCUGAAAAGUACAAAGGAAAAAGACUUUCAGAAUAUAUUUAGGGGAAGGCUCUUCGUCAUCCAUGGAACUCAUAUCAUCUCCAGUGAGGACUGGAGAAAGGGAGAGACUAUGUCAUACUCUCCCAAAUAUCCCAGAGAAACUGAGAUUCAAUGGGAUAAAUCUUCAUCAAUGAGAGCAGUUUGUUGAUCUGACACUUCUUGGAAGAGGCUUAACAGAUCACUUUAUAGAAGAACUAUUAAAGCAAUCAGAUCCAAGAUAUAGAGGACGGAAAAUGGCUGCUAAGUACAAUGACACCAGAGAUGUAUGGGAAUUUCCUAUUCAUGCACUCAGUAAAAGAAUUGUGAGAUUAACUUCACAAAAGCUGUUCAAAAAAACAUAACGAUUGGAGGAUUUAUGGCCUGGUGUCUAAGGAAGCACAUUUAGUGCAAGGAAGUAAAUUAAUUAUGGAAUAUUUGUGUGAAUUAAAGGCUACAUUGAGGGAGAUUGAUCAUUAUUGGCCAGUAAAGAAUCCUAGUUCUGAGAAACACAUGUAUACAUCGAAACAUAGAUUGUAUACAUUUCUAAUGGGACUGAACUUUGAAUGAAAGCCUCCAGGGUCAAAUUCUCCAUUGUGAGAAGGUACCUGAUCUGGAUGAAGCUAUCCAGAUUAUUAUGGAAGAGGAGAGUAGAUUGAGUCUAAUCAGGGAAGAAUGAGUCAACAGCCUUCGCCUCCAGAAGCAAGAUUAAGGGAAUCAAUUAGAGAAAAAGGAGGGAAAUCAAAACCCAAUCACUGCAUCACAAGGAAGAUAUCAGAAGUGGAUAACAAAGAAAGCCUUCGGUGUUCAUAUUGCAAGAAGAAGCGUCAUACAAGAGAAAAUUGUUGGUAGUUACAUGGACGACCACCUCAACAGGGGAGGGCGUAUGUGGCUACUUCUCAACCAGCAGAGACUAUAGAAGGUCAAUCUGCGAUAAAGGAAUUUCUCAAUCCUAGUAAUAAGAAGAAGGGUGAUGAAUUUGAAAGACUGAGGAAAGAAGUAGAGAAACUCGAGAAUAUUCUGAGCUCUACGUCCUUGGUUCAGUCAGGUGAGAAUAUUUUUUUCUCAAAAUCAUACACAUUCAACAGUUUUUCUAAAUUGUCCUGGAUACUUGACUCUGGCGCCACAGACCAUAUGACCCCAAAUAUGUGCAAAUUUGUUGAUUACACGAAAUGUGAUGGACGGAGGAAAGUUAUUACUGCUGGUGGUGAGAUUCUACAUGUUGAAGGGAUUAGGAACUUGAAAAUAAAUCAUUUAGGCACUUUAAGAAAUGUUUUACAUGUGCCUAAACUAAAGGGUCAUUUGAUUUCACCGCAGAAACUUGUUAAAUAUAUUAAUUGUCGUUUCAUUCUUAAGGGCAAUGGAUGUUCAUUGUGUGACAAGGUCUUGGGGCUGAGGAUUGGACAUGUUAAGGAGGAGGCUUGCUCUACUGGGAAGAGGAUCGAGAUAAAUUCUCAACAAUUAUGUCUUCAGUUAGGACUGUAUUUGGAUCUAUCAACAGUUAAAAAAAAGAUCUUUUUUCUUUUUUUUAUUUAUUAAACAUGAAUUUGGAAUAUUAUACAAAAAAAAAACAUAUUUGUAAUAAUGUGAGGUACUUAUCCAAACCUCAAAAACUUUGAUAUUUGACCCAAUGCACCUAAACGCUGAAUUCAUGCUAUUUCUUCGGCUAUCCAUUACCUGACCUAGAUAGUAUGAACGCGAAAGAUGGGCAGAUUGUGAUCCUCAAAAUUGCAAAUGGGAUUACUUCUUAAGGAUCUGGUGAGAGGAUGACUAUUUAGCCUGAUCCACUAGUACACCUUCCUGAAAUACACCUGGAUAUGAAUACCAGGGAAAUUACCUGGAAAAAAAUACUUUCAUCUGGUUUCCAAAACAUUGCUGUAUUUAUCUCUACUAUCAGGUUUGAAACUACAGUUCCUCCUUGCAGAUGAAAAUUUGGAAGGCAGAUGAAAUGAAAUAAAAAUAAAAAUUGCACAUGUUAUUUCUAUAGAUAUGAAUCUGAUCAUUAGUAUCGUGAAGCACAUCGACCUAUUUUUUCAUGUUUCUUCCUUAACUGAUUGCUCAGUUUUCUCUAAAGCUUAGCACCUUGGAAACCAGCUUGUAACUGCUGUUGUGGUCAGAUAUUGAAACUGAUCUCUGGUGAAUCUAUUGGGAUUAACCCUUUUCUCUCAUUUCACUUAGCUUCUAGAGUCCACACAGUGGCCUUGAAGCUUUGAAUCUUGAUAUCUAUUUUCUCUUAGAUUUUUUUAAAAUUUUUUUUUAUAUGUCUGAAAUAUUUUUGGACUUAUGUUGUUUGUUUUAUAUUUUACCUGACAGGUUUCGAGUUGACAGCCAUUUGGUCAGAACACACAGUUGAUGAUUCUCUUGAAAUGGAGGAAUUAGAAAAUGCCUCAGUAUUUGAAGCGGAGAAAUGGCUUCUUUCUCCCGUCUUGGAGUUAAACAUGUAAGAAAUAGUUUAGUUUUAUUGAACUUUUUAAUGCUCAACAACCAUAUAUUAGAUGCUGUGAAUGUGGGCAGAUUGCCUUGUGCACCAUGAAUUUGUUUCAUCAAAAUUAUUAGCGUUUAUAUUACCUUAGGUUGUCUAUUACCUAUAUCGGUUGUCGUGAACAGUGGCCAAAACCCUAGGAGGAUACACAGAGGAGAAAUUCAACUCGUAUUCACGUCAUAGAUGACUGUUAAAUACAAGUACGGGGGUCACAAAACAGGGAAACCACCUAACAACUAGGAAAACCGACAAACUGGGAAACGAACCAACAAAUGGAAAGUCCAACUAAUAACGCUCAUAUUACCUGAGGUUGUACAUCACUAAGCGCUUAUACUGCUUAGUGCACCUCGGAUUUUUUUACAUUAGAUGUUGUGAAUGUGCCGGAGGAGGUUAAGCCAUAUUGCACUUUAUUGAUGGAACAUAAUCCUUAAGAUGUGCACGUGGAGAUAAUGGGUUGCUUGUCCUUUUAAUGAGUAAUAUGAGAUAAACCUAUGAACAUUUAGGGUUCAUGAGAUGCCAUUGCCAUAAUACCUUAUUUUUUCAGACCACCUUAUAUCUCAGUGGAUUAUGAAUUACAUAUUAUAUCUCAGUGAUGUAAAAGAGAUAGAUACCGGAAGGAUCUUUGUCCCUGUUCUGGAGUAUUUGGAUUUUAUGGUAGAUGAUGAUCUUGAUGACGCACGCUCUUUGUUCUGGUAUUUAGCUUGGCUGUUAAUGAUCUGGUCUUCUGGGCACUUCGAUUUACAUUUUUUUUAUGGGAUGCGUAUCUCCAUUAAUCACCACAUUGGGUUGUGGUUUGCAGUUAUUGAAACGCUUAGAAUCUUUGAUUUCAGUGAUGAUAUCAUUCUUUGUAGCUGUAUAUUUUUCGGCUGUAUUGAUUUCCAUGGAUGUAGACUUGAGCUUGUUGGAGGAACUGCAGACUUCAUGUGCAUGAAAUAUGAUUGUGCGUGAAUCUUGAAUUAUGAGGAACCAUGGAUGUUUAUUAUUGGCAGAACGUAAAAUGAGUAUGCAUUCCACUAUUUUAUCAAAGAAAAAAUGAAAAAAAGCUAGUUGCCCGUUCCAAUUUUUACUUAUCUUGAAUGGCUGGAUAUCGUUUGAGAUUUCUACUUCCAAUUUUUUUUCUCUUCCUACCACUUUUUCGCUUUCACCAUAGAAUUUUAAUCAGAAGAGUAGGAGCUAAUUUUAUUGUUUUGAUUGUUCGGCUUUAUGGAACUUUUCACCUAUGAUUGUUCGGCUUAUUUUUUGAGGAUUGUUGCCCGUUCGUUUGCGCAUGAUGGUUUCAUUUACAUUAUUCAACUUGGACAACAAUUUUUCCGGGGAGCUUCUGGGAGUUAAUAAAAGUCCUGUGAAUCAGGGGAGAUCAUUUGAAGCUUCUACCUUAUCUUCUCUUUCUCUGUAGCCUUAUAACUUCAGCAUUUUAUUCUCGGUUUACUGGAGUCAUUAAUCUGAUUAUUUGUUCACUCUGUUCUAUCUUAAGGACCGAUGAUCCAAUGGGUCAUUUUAUUGGAUUUUCCUCCCAAUUGCGACUCCUUGUCAAAGCAUUGGAUGCCUCAUUUGAAGUCAAAUUUAUCGAAGAUCUCAUAACAGGUUUGCAAUGAAGUUAUCUUCAUUCAUUUUCCAGUACUAUUUCAGGAUAUCGUUAUGCAUAGAGUCCCUCGAUAUAACUAGUGUUUCAUUGAUUUUUGUUAGAUGGAAAUCCAGCUUCUGUGCCAUCUCCAUCAGUUUUAGAUCGUGUACUGAAAGGACUAUUUCAUGAUGGUAGGAGUGCAAACAACCAGUUUAGUUACUAAUUCAAGUUAUCAUUUUUUGGGUAACUUUUUAUUUUAUUUUAAUCGUCUUAUUUAUCUCUUCAGUCAUACUUUCCAGUAGUCUUCAUGAAGUCUGAAUGUGGUAGUUCUGUAUUUGGUGUAAGAUCCUAGAAUGAUAUGCCUGCAGAUUUAGGUUUUUUAUCGCUAUAUAUCAAGUCGACACUAAUAUUUCAAAAGCCCGCGCCAGAAACAUGUUUUGUCAAUGAGACAAUUGGAGGGCAAAGGAGCUGUGGGCUUCACAACACGUAGUGUUAGUGGUGGUUGUGCUGUCAAAAUUUGUCCCUGGAAAACUUUUGUGAGGUAAAUACCUGAGAGCUCCAUCACGGUUAAUCUGAUAAGAAUUGAGUGAAACAGACUGUAAUCUGAUGGGUCUAAUCAUGACCCAACCGAAUGCUUCCAGAAGUUAAAAUUUCAGUAUCUGUCUAAAAUCAGUAACUUUGGGAUUCUAGCUUACCCUGAAAGGGACCAGUUUUGGACUAGCUUACACAUUAAUAAAGUUGGCCUUAUUCCUGGGCUUCUCAAUAAAGGGGAAAAUAUUAUGGCAUUGAGAAGGCUGGUAGGCUAUGUAAAACUGUGGGCAGAUAGAAGAUGAAUGACAUGACUUCAUUGCCAUGGGUAUUAAUAAGGCGAAAACCAAGACAAAUCAAUAGGAUGAAUACAGCCACGGUCCUGCAAUAACGACUGUGACAACAAUGUAACGAUGAUUAGUAAUUGGGCCGAGUAGACUUCUAGCUUUUCAAUAGAUUGGUUUCAAUCUUAAGAAGCUCUAAGGAUAGAUUCCCAGGAAGCCAAUUAAUAUUUUUGGGUUAGUACAUCUCUCCUAUUGCGUUAAUGUCUUGCAAUCCCUAUCCAAUGGUCCUGGGUUUUUACUUUGGGAAGUUGAUAAGUUGUUAGCAAGAUAGCAUGUAUCCAAAUCAUUGUAUCCUUAAUGAGGGUUGAUUCAUAUUCAUUGGACAACGCUUGAUUGCUUUUAGAUUUUAAUCAUUUCUUGAAAUAAUACUGGUCCGAGGUUGUCUCAUAUUUUAAUCAUUUCUUCAACGCUUGAUUGACCUAAUUUUUUUUAAGUAAACAGCAGAUAACAAUGUAACAUUUUUCCCAGGAGGUCAAAUUCCAGACAGACAACAUGAUCAUGGGAUUGGUGGUACCAUUAAAGGAGCACCCCUUGGAUCACUUUUUGCUCAAUUUUGUCUGAAUGCUCUUUGGUUUGGCAAUUGUAACAUCCAUGGUAAUCUUCAUUUUUUGAUACCUGUUAUACUGUGCCCCUGUGUUCUUGUUUGCCCUAAAUGGUGUACUAUUUGUACUUUUAAAUCAACUUACGUUUUUGGAUUUUUUUUUUGAUAACUAGCUAUUGCGGUGCUCUGGAUAGAAUUCGUCCGGGAAGUACGAUGGUGCUGGGAAGAGUCUCAACCUUUGCCAAGAACCAUGACUAAUGGACGCAUUGAUCUGUCAUCUUGUCUAAUACACCAAAAGCUACAAAUGGUACCGUAUUUCUUUUUUCGUGAGUUUUAUAUACGCAAAUUAUUAACCCAAUCUUACAAGGCGAACAUGUGUUUGUCGUGAAGACCGUGCUUUUUUCAGGUUUGAGAACAAAAUUUUCCCACCCUGGAUUGUUGGUGGGCUGUUUCUGGGUUUUAUUAGAGUUCCCCAAAAUAUCUACCUAAAGAAAUCACAAUAUCUACCUAAAGAAAACCAUUCCUUGUAGAAAAUAUCUUACAAUCGAAAAAAUUGUAGUUGAAUCUGCUGAUUCUCGACUGAUCCUUCUCGGUUUGGCCGCACCAGGUUGUUCCAAACCAUGUACAGAAUGAAAAAAAGAGGAUUGCAGUUAACCUACUCCUCACUUCCAUUUCUUGCGUUGAUUCUCUUUACCUGUUUCAUGUUCUGGGUUCUAACGUUUACGGCAGUGCCCAUUUUUAUUCUGAUAGUUCAAAAAUGUAUCUUCCAGCUAGCAAUUUGCAUAGGAAAGAAGGGCGUGAAGCGUGAUGUCAAUGGCAAUAGUAGUGUUUCAGAUGUUGACAAGGUGCUGUUUGUUACCUGUUUCCUAAUACUGUUCCAGUAUGUUACAAGUUUAGUGAAUGCAAGAUUCAUUUUGGCCUUAUGUCUUGAGAUAUUUUUAAUGACCGUUUGUUAGAAUGGGAAAAUUUCAGAUUCAGAGGAAUCGAUUGCGAACUGGGAAAGAUAAUACCAGGUGACUCUUGUAGAGUUUUGUUAUUCAAUCGUUCAAAUAUUUUAAAUGAAUUAAUCUCUCUUUUUUUAAUGACCGGAAUUAUAAAUGUUUCACAUUUUUGUUUAUAAUCUUAUGCUUUUUUCUGAAAUAUUGAUACGACACAGUAUAUGGUCUAUUUGAUAUGGCCCAUAUCGAACCUUUUCAUGCAUUAGGCCAUUGCAUUCAUUUAUGUAUUUUUUAUUCUCUUGGAUCUAACCAUGAAUGCUAUUUUUUCUUCCUUCAGUGACUAUCAGUUUGGAUUUCGUCAUAUUCUUUUGUGAAAUAUGGAUGAUAAUUUUCAUCAUUAGUUCUCCAUACUAUUUCAUCUAGGGGGGGUGUUCACAGGUAAGUGAGGAUUGAUAUUUGGUAGAGAGGAAGUAGAGACAUAUGCAAGGGUUCAUCAUGGAAUUUCCUGAAAUCAGCAGGGAAUUUUGUUGUCGAGAAGUGAAUAAAUAUAAAUUAAGAGAAUAAGGGGAAAUAAAAGUGGAUCUUCACAUCGAGUUGGUUUAAUUAUGAUAAUUUGGAUGAUUUUUCCCUGUGAUAAUGGAUUGGGGAGAUAUUUCAGACGUUAAUGUGAGGUGCAUUUUUUUUUUCCUUCGAGAAUUAUUGGAGGAAUCCUGGGGUCAUCAUGGUCAAGGUUUGUUCGCGAGGAUAGGGUCCAUCCUCUUAAUUUUGAAGAUAUCCUAUCUAUCUUGUACUGAAUUGUGAUCUAUUGACUUCGUCCGCAUUGGACAUCUUUCUGUGGGAUGCUAUUAACCUGCCCCAAAGUCGCAUUUUUUUUAUUACAAGGGUUUUUUGUGACGGAAGACUGUGACCUGUUAUAAAAGUCUUAUUUGAUAAUUGCUCAUUGGUCAAUCUACCUUGGUAAUAGAAUCUAUAACAAUUAUUAAUUUAUUAAUUCGAUUGCUAGAGGAACUAAAUCACAGCAGGAUAUUGGAUACCCCAGUUAUCAGUGUAAAUGCUUGGAAAGAAAAAGAUAUAGUAAUUAAAAGAAUGAAAAGGGUAAUAUAUAUAUGCUCAUGUACGGUGAAAAGAAUAACAUAUGUGUAGCUUAUAGGCCAUUGUAAAUGACUAAAUAACUUCUGACCGUAUAGCUAUUUAUCUGCAUCUUAGUUCGGUGACUUGUGAAUUCUUUGUGAUCUCCGUAUUGUCUAAAAUCUUUCACUCAGGCUCUUAACUUUUAUGUUAAUCCUCUCUCAGAGAAUCCUGUUUAAUUAUACAGAAAGAAUACAGGGGGCCAUCAAUAUCACUAAAAGUUUUAACUUUUCCGUUCAUUGUCAUGUAUUUUUCAUGUGAAGCUUGAAUAACUUUUGAUGUGGUGAAGCUUCUUCUAGAAUUCCUUCUAUUCCUUGAUGACCUAUGUUACUCGUAAAAAGAUAAUAAUCACGGGUCAAAGCUACAUAAUAAAAAGUCGGCUACUAAUCUAGAGAUCAUGUUAACUUUUUCCAGGUUACAAUCUUCGGCUCAAUUAAGAAGGGGAUCAUCUGGCGUUGUGGGGAGCAUGAUGCUUUUGCGUUCACGUCAGAAAAUGCAUGCCCCUUUUACACAGGUUUUUAAUUGAAGUUUUAGCUCUUUUCUUCAACUGCUGUUUAAUUAUGGUUUAUUCUCAACCUAUUGUUAUUUUGUAUGAAAAUUUAGGAUCCUCCAAUUAUGACAGAAGACAUGCAUGAAGAACGGCUCCAAGCAGUUGAAGCUUUUGGUGAUGAAUUUGUAAGUUUUCGCAGCUUAUUUCUUCUUGCAUUUGUUAUAGGUCUAUUCCAUGACCGAGGAGGUCAACUGCUAAGGAAUACUUGGAUAACUAAAGAACAGAGGUGAUUGCCUUCUAGGAAACAUAUCAAAAUAUACAAAUACAUCUGGGCCAACCCCUAUGUGCAAAGGGCUGACCCCUUACAAGUUUUUUAUACAAUGGAGGGUUGGUGUAGACAAGGAAUAAGUACAAAUUAAUUGAUUAAGUAUAAAUUAAUGUAAGCCAGAUUUUUUUGACAUCGAAAACAUCAGAAAAAAAUCAUAGAACUUGUAAACGGUCUACAAAGAUUAAUUCAAAAAAUUGAGGCUUCGUCAUCAUUUAUGAUGUAUAUUUGUUUAAUAUUAGGUUACAUUCGAGGUCAGAUAACGUUUACCAGACUAGAUUGUUUGAUUCGCAUGAAACUGUGUAAUUGUUUGAAGCCGUUUCAACUAGUUAGCAUUCAUGUCAUAUAAUAUAUUUAUUCAUAUUAAAACUUUAAACAUAAAUAGGUUUCUUGAAAUAGUGGAAACAUAAGGAUUCUUCUCAUGAAGUGUAGUUUCUCAACAAAACAUAAAUCUUUGAAACUCCCCACCCUACAUUCGAGGUCCUUACCGUUUUACCCGUCACAUUCGAGGUCCUUCACGGUUGACCUGGGAGUUGCACCACGGAUAGAAACGUCAUCAUUGAUGGACAGAAAUGGUAGUUGUAGGGAGAGGUGGGAGUGAUAGUUCUUCUUCUUCGUCCUCUUAAUUUUUCCCAUUUUUUUCUCAAAAUGAAGUUUCCCCAAAAAGGGUCCAUAUUCAGUUGAAACCACAAAAUAAAGGAAUAUCGGAUCUAGUUGUGCGCGAUUCGCAUGAACCAGACCAAUGCUGUGCAGUACACUCGGUUUUUGAGGUCUCUGAGUAGAAAGCUUCCCGAGAUGACUAAAUCCGGUCGUUUGUGAUUAACUAAUCGCUGUGAAUCAUAUUCAUGUCCUUAGUUUUGAGAUUGGUGUACUGUGUUUGAUUUGUGUAUGUCAAGGAAGUCAGGUAAUGAUGUCUUGUGUAUCACUGAACUGAUUUCUUUUUGUGAUAAACGUAGCAAAUCAAAAGAUAUGAGGUCGUUUAGUUGACUGAACCUCAUACGUGUUGAUUCUUUUUAGCAUAUGCACUAGUCACAAACAUCAUGAUGGUAUAAGCGGAAGUAUGAAUCAGCCAAAAGUGUAAAGUCUGGAAGAGUUUUUUAUGUUGUAACUUUGAUAAAUAUGUGGUAUUUGCAAUUUAGUCAUUACCUCCUUUUUAGCCUCCGUACAUUUAUGUUCAGACCUAUUCAGUAAGGGCAAAAUGACUUCCUAGGUUUCAGUGAAAGAAUUAUAAAUGUGAGGAAAAGAAACCACUAUGGCUUUUUAUCUCCCCUUGUGACUACAUUCAGGAGGUUGCUGUAAAAUGGAUCAGGUCGUAAAGGACACAAUUUCUUGAACAAUUUUUGGUCAUGGGAAUUGUGUCUACUAGCUUUCCUACGAAAAUUGCCAUUGCUGAAAACAUUACUGAAUUAACUGUUAGAUUUUUAGGUAUGUUUCAGCAUCAUAUUCCCAUUCAUUUAAUUAUUUUGGAUUUCUAUCCACUUUAAAAGAUACCCACCAAUGAGUACAAGAAAUAAGUGAUGGAUGGGGCGGAACUAGGAUUAUGUGGUACUUUGUUAUAGUGCCGUCGGGCUUUCUUUCGUAUCAUGUAAACUAAUAUUAAUACUUUUCGAAUGGAAGACUUUUCUUUCCAUUUUAUGUAUCACAUUGUGUCUCAAACAUAGUGGUCGUGUUAUAUAAGGUUCAUGGCGUAUAAAAAUAAUUGAAUGAUAAACAUGGAGUAUAGAUAUCGGACCUUUUAACGUUUCUUAAUUCCACGUAGAUUUCCACCUGCAGCCUUUGGUGCAUAAACGAACUUGUCUGACUCUUCCAUUUGAUCUAUUUAUGGUUUAUUGAAGCAUACUAACUUGGUUCUUAUCACAGAGCUUUUCUGCUCUGCUGGAGAGGGAGAUUUUAUCUUCAGGUAAAAAGAGAUCUAUGUUUCAUUUUUCAAUUGACUUUCUUUCUGUUGAGAAUGUCGUUUGUUAUGAACUUGGUGUAUUAGUAUUUUCCACGCACUCUUGAAUUUAGAUAACAUUUACCGCGGAAUACACAAAAGUUGACAUGUUAUUCCAUGUCAUUCAGUACAAUAAACUUCUGAAGCUAAAUAAAGUAGGCCCGUGAUGUCUUUGUAUCCUUAUAUAGUACAUGUAAGUUUCCAAAACGGUAUCGAUUAGUGAAUUAGUAAUACUGGUAUGCUUUUUUCUUUCCAGGAACAAUUCUUUUACUAUGCAUAGAGAGAACAAAUCAUCUAUUUAUGUUCUUAAUAUAUUUUUGUGAUGGAGUAACCCAAAAGCAAAAUUGAAAUUUUAUAAAUGUCAAGUUGACAGCAGUGCGAAAUACUGGUAUGAGGGGAACCUCAAUAGAAUCCUACUAAUCGUAAAAACUUUGUGAAUUGAAUGGUGCACGUUUUCUUUUUCGUUUUAGGAGACGGGAGGACCAAGGGGGCCUGUGUUUCUGGGUACACCGUUUUUAUUCGUAAAAUAGCAUCACAGGGAAUGCAGUACAACAACGACUAUGAUGUUAAAAAUGAAUUCAGUUUGCCUUCGAUUACUUCUGUAGUCAACUUCAUUUGCGAAAUAUAAUUUUAUCAACGGUUGUAAUUUUAGCGACGGCUAUUUUAUCAAAUUAUAAUGUAUACUUCUAGUUAAUGUCAUGUCAUGUUAACUGCAGGAUGAUAUGGUAAAUUUGUAGCUUUAUUUGCGGCUUUAACUGGUUCAGAAUUCCGCGCAUUAUGCUUAUAGAAUAAUCUGCCUCAUUAUGAACGAGCUUGGUUAUUAAUGAAGCAAAAAAUAAGACGAACAUGUAUGGCUAUCUUUCCCCACGUUUUGUUUUAGUCAGAACACCUAUUUUAUUAAAUAGUUUUUUCGAACCUCAUUGUCUGAUGUCAUUCUGUUUUUACAACAUCGUUGAAGGGAUGAUCUUUUGGAAGUAUUAAGUGAUUCUCUUAUUUUCUGUGUAUACUCUACCAGACAUGUCUGCUUUUAAAGCUGCAAAUCCAGAUGCUGUUUUCGAAGACUUUAUUCGAUGGCAUUCCCCUGGGGAUUGGGAAAGUGUUGAAAAUGAAGAAAGGAGCAGCGCCUCAGAGUCAGUGAGAAUGAAGGGUGAUUGGCCUCCUCGGGGCAGACUUUCAGCACGGAUGUCUGAUCAUGGGAAUUCUUGGAGGAAGAUUUGGGAUGAAUCUCCAUCUCUGCCUGCUUCAGAACAAAAGCCUCUUCUGGAUCCAAUUCGUGAAGGGGAAAAGGUUGCACCUAGUUCUGUGACUCGCAAUAUUCUCUGUGGCUUUGAAACUUUCCUCGUUCCAAUUACAUAGAUAGCCUAUUUCUUGCUUAGUUGACUAUUUUUUCUUCGAAUAGUACUAUUUAAUGAUGUAAACCUUCUUAUCAUGUACCUGUGGUACCGCCCACUGAUGUGUUUACAAUGUUUAGUCAUGUUUUACUCAUUGGGUUAGAAAUGACUGACGGGAGGGAUGCGUAUAGGUCUGGCCGAAACAUCAUGAUUCUUUAAUUUAUGCAGUGUCGAGUAAAUUAUCAAGGUAGCAAGUAGCUUUAUAAUUUUAUAUUGUUUGCGUAAGAAUCAUUAUGAUUCUUUAGCUUUAUGAAUCAAUUGAGAAUGACAAGGCAGCAUAUAGAUUAGUUUUACUGGUUCAAAGUUGGUUUUCCUUUUAAAACAAUGUUCUCAAUCUUCAGCCGCUAGAAUGUGAUAUUCUUAUUUUUUCCUUGAAAACCCAUGAUAGUAUUUAUGAAGUAACAUAAUUCUGGAACGUGCGGUGUAUGCUUUUGAAAAUGCUACCCUUUGUUGAUCUUAAUGUUAUUCUUUUAUUGUUUUUAUUUUAAAACACUUGGGUCCGUCUAUUCAUAGAUAUCUAAUUGCAGAUACUUCACUACUUGGAAACUUUGAGGCCCUGCAUGCUGGUCGAGCAAAUGAUAUCCUCUGCCUUCAAAGCAUCACUGGACACCCUAAGCCAAACUUCCUAUGGAGAUCUGAAACAAAUGAAAUUGAAAAUCGAACAGCUCUACAAGACGAUAUCAACGAGUUUGAAGCCUUUGAGAGGUAUUUUAACCUGCAUCACAGGAAAUAAGCUUAAGCUUGUGUAUUUUUAUUUUAUUUUGUUCAUAUUCCUUUACUGUAAUUAAUAUUUUUUAGUGCAGAACAGCUGCCUUCUCUCUGUCCAACAACAUCAGUUAGUGUAGCUAAAUUUGUAAUUUAGGUUACAUAUCCUCACAGGUGCUUGGUGCAAAUCUCUGAACGUACUAAUAUCUGAUUUUAUGGCCGAAUUAUCUGCAGAAAUUUCCUCUUACUAAGGGACAUAGAACUGGAACCAGUGUAAAUAAUCUUAAUAAUGUUGACUGAACGUUGAUUCGUUGUUGUUCUGUCUCCACAGGAAACAUUGUCGCUGACAGGGCUGAGCUGAUUGGUGAUUUGGUCCGUCUAUGUGCUGUUUUUGAGCAUGUGGAGAAACUCUUGAUCUUCGCCGCAUCCAUCCGCCAUAAGCUGGCGGAUGCUACACGCCUCUGUGAGGCAAUUUUCAGUGACUUCUAUAAUUAUUACCUCCCCAAGAUGGGAACAGGCUCGUCAAAUAUAUGCUACGACAAGGUGCAUCAAUUAUCUUCCCUCUCUGGGCUUUUUGCUCUAAGUAGAGAGACAGUUUAUACAUAGUCUAUACUCGGCCAUAUUCUUGCCUGCAAGUAACCUGAAUGCCCGCAUCAACUCAAAAUCUGCAACCCCAAGAUGGACCCCUUGUUUUGUCAGAGGCCAUUGCUGUCUUUUCAUUAAACUUAACUUGAUAUGCUUAUGCUCAUCAAAAUUUUCAGGUAUUCAAGAGCAAGCAACUCAUAAAGGCGCAUGAGAGGGAAGUGAUCAUCAGCCUAUUUCCACAUCCUACGGCCAACCAAUCCUGGAGGAAGGUCUUGAGCAUGGGUAACCUUCUCAACGGCCAUGAACCACUCACCAGGGAGAUCAUAUUCUUAGCCCAUGAUGGUGCAACCGAUGAUCAGUAUGGCAGGAACGUUCCCAGGGGAUCCCCUGGAGAGGUCUGUACGCAUCGUAUGUAUGUCUGUGGCACAUCUAAUGAUUUGCAGGUGGCUUUGUCUGUGACAUCAUGGGAUUAA